GCGCGUUGCCGGGGUCCCGCGCGUCGUGGGAGGAACUCUGGUCACCCCUGACCUCCGUGUAGCCGUGGGAUUAGGGGAAAGCCGUCUCGAGUGUCACCUCACCAGGAUCGUGGGCAAGCUAGGACCGGACCGGACGUGCAAGCUAGCUCUCGGUGGAGUGAAACUUGGGAAUCGUAUGAGGCAGAAAUGCUGAGCUUCCUGCGAAGAACGCUUGGCCGAAGGUCUAUGCGCAAGCAUGCUGAAAAGGAGCGACUCCGAGAGGCACAGCGUGCUGCCACACAUAUUCCUGCGGCUGGCGAUGCCAAGUCCAUCAUCACAUGCAGGGUGUCCCUUCUGGACGGUACAGAUGUCAGUGUGGACUUGCCGAAAAAAGCCAAAGGACAGGAGCUGUUUGACCAAAUUAUGUAUCACCUGGACUUGAUUGAAAGUGACUAUUUUGGUUUGAGGUUCAUGGAUUCAGCCCAAGUAGCACAUUGGUUGGAUGGUACAAAAAGCAUCAAAAAGCAAGUAAAAAUUGGUUCACCGUAUUGUCUUCAUCUUCGAGUUAAGUUUUAUUCCUCGGAACCAAAUAAUCUUCGUGAAGAGCUAACCCGGUAUUUAUUUGUUCUUCAGCUAAAACAAGAUAUUCUCAGUGGGAAGUUAGAGUGUCCCUUUGAUACAGCAGUUCAGUUGGCAGCUUAUAAUCUGCAAGCUGAACUUGGCGACUAUGAUCUUGCUGAACAUAGUCCUGAACUUGUCUCUGAGUUCAGAUUUGUGCCCAUCCAGACUGAAGAGAUGGAACUGGCUAUUUUUGAGAAAUGGAAGGAAUACAGAGGUCAGACACCAGCACAAGCUGAAACCAAUUACCUGAAUAAAGCCAAAUGGCUAGAAAUGUAUGGUGUUGAUAUGCAUGUGGUCAAGGCUAGAGAUGGCAAUGACUAUAGCUUGGGACUAACUCCAACAGGAGUCCUUGUUUUUGAAGGAGAAACCAAAAUUGGCUUGUUUUUCUGGCCCAAGAUAACCAGAUUGGAUUUUAAGAAGAAUAAAUUAACUCUAGUGGUUGUGGAAGAUGAUGAUCAGGGCAAAGAACAAGAGCAUACCUUUGUCUUUCGAUUGGAUCAUCCUAAAGCCUGCAAACACUUGUGGAAGUGUGCUGUGGAGCACCAUGCCUUCUUCCGUCUCCGAGGACCUGUCCAAAAGAGCUCUCAUCGAUCAGGGUUCAUUCGACUAGGAUCCCGAUUUAGAUACAGUGGAAAAACAGAGUAUCAGACCACAAAAACUAAUAAAGCAAGAAGAUCAACCUCCUUUGAAAGAAGGCCCAGCAAGCGGUAUUCUCGGCGAACCCUGCAAAUGAAAGCAAGCACAACAAAACCUGAAGAUCUUGGUGUUCAUAAUGCUUCAGCCCAGAACAGUGACUCCCAACAGGCUUGGGGUGUGAGGACUCCUGUGCCUGUCACUUCUUCCUCAUCCUCUGGUCCUGUGCUGGUGGAGGUAGAGAAUCUCCCACAGAAAUCUGCAGCAGACCAACAUGACAGGAAAUGGCUCUCUGCUACCAGUGACCGCUGCCAACGUGGUGGAAACCAGUGGAACCCAAGGGCCUUGCCCCCACCCCAGACUGCAUAUAGAAACUACACUGACUUUGUCCAUGAGCACAAUGUGAAGAAUGCAGGAGCCCAUCAUGAUGCUCAUUUAUCUGGCCGUGCAGCCAUGACUGAGAUAUGAGUUGUUACAACUUUUAGGCCAUGGAAUUCUGCAUCUAGGUUGAUAAUGUAUGUUGUGGCAUUUAUAUAGAGGACUGAUUUCAUUAGGAAUAUUGGAGAGAAUUUGUUCCAUACUUAGUCACUAGUUACACAAUGCUAUGAUUGACUUCUGUCUGCUGUGGAAGGGAAGAGGAUCUGAAGAAGCCGUGAGCUGUUAACUAACAUGGCAGAUGUUGCUGUGUUGGAAGGGUGUGCAUACCACUGUGUCCUUGGGAAGGGUUUUCAUAAUGUUAGCAUUUAACACAUCACUCAAAACAUCUCUCAGGAGUUUUGUGUUUAUGACAAACUGUCAGUUGUCACCUACAUGCCAUCUAAGUAAGACUGUGUUACAAAGGAUAAGACACAAAAUGUAUACCCAAAAGGAACCAUGUUGAGUCAUGGUGCUUUUUGUGGUGCUGUAGUAAUACUGCUGUCAUAUGCUACCUUCUAAAGUGACCCAUGCCUUCAUUUCAGCUAAGUGCCUGCAAUUUAAUAAAAAUUUAUGAUACUUUUUUAAUAAACCUAUUUUAUUACCACAGGUGUAGAAAAUGCAAUAACAAUAUAAUUCAUGUAAGAUAAGUCUCAGUGAUUUCUUUGGGUGGUUAAUUUACAGUUGACAUGAAUGGUUACAUUACUAGCAGGUGGUUAUACCGAAUGCAAGGUGGAAAGCUUUCUUUGUUAUUCUUUUCUCAUUGAAAUCCUUGACAGAUCACUCAGGUUUGUAACACCCUCAUAAUCUGUCCCAUACAACCUUUAAAAUACAAUUCUGAAGUCAAAGUGUUACCAUUUUCAGAUAGAUUGCCUGUAUUUUACACUUUUAAUCCUUUUUGAACUUUGCAAUGUAGUUAAUUCGAGCUCUUUGUUUAAUUCACUGAAGGCAAAUCAGCUGGAAAAGUACAUGAUGAUUGAGACACUAAGAAGAGAUACAGUAUUUCUUCAUUUACAGUUAUUUUUAAUUUUAGAAAAAUUUCUGAUCUUUAAGCUGUAUAAGGAGAAAUGAGCAGUUAUAUUCAGAACUGUUUAUGCUCUGAAAUAAUAAAGCUUUGUUAUAUUUAACCUUAA